AUGGAUUCCCUCAAAGGCUUCCUGGCCGAAAAUGGCCAUAUUCAAUUUGCGACCCCCGAGUCCCCUGACUUUGCAGAGCUAUGCGCCGUCUUUGUGCUCAACGAAACCAGAAAACCAAGCAUGAUUGUUCGGCCCCGUUCAGCAGAGCAGGUCGGCGCGUUAGUGUCGGUUCUGACUACCAAUGAUAUCCCCUUCACUAUCCGUGCAGGCGGGCAUGACAUGUUUGGUCGGUGUCAAGUAGAUGGUGCAGUCACGAUUGACAUGCGCGAAUUCACGCAUGUGCAUGUGGACACCGAGUCCCACACUGCCCGAGUGGGUGGGGGCGUGAUCUCGAUCAAUCUGGUCAAGGAGCUAGCGAAGUUCAAGAUGGUUGUCCCACAUCCCGUCACCCCAACUGUGGGCUUUGUUGGCUGGGCACUCUAUGGAGGGUACGGUAUGCUAAGCAGCAAAUACGGCCUUGGCGUCGACCAAAUCCUAGGGGCCACCGUCAUCGAUGCACAGGGUGUUGUUCGUGAGGCGGAUGAGACAAUGUUGACCGCCAUUCGCGGGGCUGGAGGAAUAGUAGGCGUGAUUGCUGAGCUUAAAAUCAGGAUUUAUCCGCUAGAUCAGGUGCUUGCAGGAGCCAUCAUAUAUCAACCUACGGACCUGGGCGCCACAAUCCAAAAUUUCAAUGACCAGCUCCGCGAAUCCAAGAAACAUGGCCUCCCACCUGCACUUGCCCUAUAUCAGUUAGUCAACAACAGCCCAGUUGGUAAAACCCUUACUGUAUUGUUUAUGUGGGCUUCAUCCGAUCUGGAGGAAGGGCAGUCUUGGCUGUCCAAGGUUUCUUCAUGGGCACCCGUGGCUGUCAACGCGGUCAUACCCACCACGCUAACGGCAUUUAAUGACAUAGCUGAUUCUUUGGUUCCAAAGAAAGUCUUCGGAUCAAUUUAUGCUGCCACGUUUUACAGUCUCACUCCUGAGGUCGUGAAUGUCAUCAGCAAGCAUGCACCGUUGCAGCCAAAUAGUCCCGACGUGAUGUAUGGCAUCCACGAGCUCCGGGAUGGGGCGCCUUAUUUAGAAACAGGCUCUGUGUUUUAUUCGCGUCGCCCUCAUGUGAUCUUGGAGAUUAUUCCCAUAUCCCAAUCGCCUGAUACAGUCGACGAAGCAGUAAGAUGGGCUCAGAAAUUUCACCUUGAGCUAUCACAAACGGACCCAGCAAACAUUCCUCCUUUCUGCUACAUUUCUUUGACUCCUUCAAGGGGGCUUGACAUGAAAGCAAUUUAUGGAAGCAAGCAUGAGAACAUCAAGGCAAUAAAGAAGCAGUACGACCCACUCAACAAGUUCAAUAAUGCCCUGGUGCAGCCUUGA